AUGAGAAAACUCCUCCCGCUGAAGAUAUCCAGGUAUAUGAAAGAGUCCUUAAGACAUCACUAUCAACCUUGGGUCUUGUGGAUUUUUAGCUCACAAAAAAAAACAAUCACCAAGCCCGACAUGAAUCAAAAGUGUAAGUGGCUCACGUUCCUCAUGGGUCUGUUCAUUACUGGCAUCCUGUCUCUGGACUGUAACUUUCUGAAUGUUCACCUGAGGAGAGUCACCUGGCAAAAUUUGAGACUUCUGAGUAGCAUGAGCAACUCAUUUCCUGUAGAAUGUCUAAGAGAAAGCAAAGCUUUUGCGCUUCUCCAAGAGAAUCGAUCAUACACCCAGCCUAUGAAGAGGGACAUCAAACAGGCCUUCUACGUAAUGUCCAUGCAGGUCUUCAACAUCUUCAGCCAACACACCUUCAUAUCCACCUGGAAACAGAAACAUCUGAAGCAAAUCCUAAUGGGACUUGAUCAGCAAGCAGAGUACGUGAAACAAUGCUUGGAGGAAGAGGAAAAAGAAGACAUGGAAGAAAUGAAUAAGGAUGAGAUGACACACUCAGGAACCGGGGUCUCCCAGCUGAGAGGCUUAGAACUGAGAAGAUAUUUCAACAGAAUAUACAACUUCCUAAAAGAAAAGAAAUACAAUCACUGUGCCUGGGAGCUUGUCCAGGUAGAAAUCAGAAGGUGUUUAUACUACUUUUACAAAUUCACAGAACUACUCAGGAGGAAAUAA